AUGCCGGGCUCAGCAGGAAGCGUGACUGCGUCAGAGCACGAGGUGCCGUGGACCGUGCAGCCUAAGGAAGACCGGCUCGGUCCCGACGUCCGCCCGCGCCGUCUGGGGAUUACCUGGACGGAUCUUACAGUCACAGCUGUGGCCGCAGACGCCACCAUCCACGACAACUUUACUUCCCAGUACAACUUUGCACAGAAAGCUCGUGACUCACGCGCCAAACCGCCACUGAAGACAAUCCUUGACGACAGCCAUGGCUGUGUCAAACCCGGCGAGAUGUUGCUGGUCCUCGGCCGACCGGGGUCUGGCUGCACCACACUUCUCAGCGUGCUCGCCAACCGCCGUCGGGGCUACCAGAGUGUCGAUGGAGACGUUCACUACGGCUCCAUGCCCGCAGUCGACGCGGAGCAAUACCGCGGCCAAAUCGUCAUGAACACCGAGGAAGAACUGUUCUUCCCCUCGUUGACGGUUGACCAGACCAUGGACUUUGCCACACGCCUCAAGGUCCCGUUCAACAACCCCACGCAAGACGCUACUACUCGCGAGGCUUUGCGCAAAGAGACCCGCGACUUCUUCCUCGACUCCAUGGGGAUCAGCCACACACACUCAACCAAGCUUGGUAAUGAGUUCAUCCGUGGUGUGUCGGGUGGUGAACGGAAGCGUGUGUCAAUUGUAGAGUGCAUGGCCACACGUGGGUCGGUAUUUUGUUGGGACAACAGCACUCGGGGCCUCGAUGCUAGCAAGAUUCGACCGGGUUAUGAGAUGACCUUUCCGCGGACCCCUGAAGCCCUCAAAGCCGCCUACGAGAACUCGUCCAUCUACCAAGUCAUGCAGACCGAAUACACAUACCCGGCCACUAAAGACGCUCGCGCCAACACGCGGAUCUUCCGAGAGGCCGUCGCGGCCGACAAACACAAGCAACUACCCAGCAACAGUUCCCUGACGGUCAGCUUCUCGAUGCAGGUCAAGGCUUGCGUCCUCCGUCAGUAUCAAAUUGUCUGGGGCGACAAAGCCACCUUCAUCGUCAAGCAGGUCUUUACCAUGAUGCAGGCCCUCAUCAUGGGCUCGCUGUUUUACAACGCACCAGAAAGCUCCAGCGGCCUGUUCGUCAAGAGCGGUGCCCUCUUCUUUUCUCUCCUGUACAACGCCCUGCUAUCCAUGACCGAGGUAACCAGCUCAUUCAACGGGCGGCCCAUUCUUGUCAAGCACAAACUCUUUGGCCUGUACCAUCCGGGUGCCUUUUGCAUCGCCCAGAUCACGGCCGAUAUUCCCCUUAUCCUGUUCCAGGUCUCGGUAUUUGGCGUCAUCUUGUACUUUAUGGUCGGGUUUACCGCAACCGCUUCCGCCUUCUUUACAUACUGGGUCAUUCUGGUGGCUACCACGAUGUGCAUGACCGCUCUCUUCCGUGCCAUCGGAGCGGCCUUCUCCAAGUUUGACGGUGCUGCCAAGGUCGCCGGUCUUUCCAUCCUGUCAACGAUGUUGUACACCGGGUACAUGAUUCAGAAGCCGCAGAUGCACCCUUGGUUCGUGUGGAUCUUUUGGAUCAACCCGGUUGCGUACGCUUUUGACGCCCUGUUAUCCAAUGAGUUCCACGGCAAGGUCAUCCAAUGCGACGGCAACAGCCUGGUCCCCAACGGCCCCGGAUACUUUGACUCUGCCCACCAGUCAUGCGCUGGCGUCACCGGCGCGACCCAAGGCCAAGCGUGGCUUACUGGAGACCAGUACCUCAGUGUGUUGACUUACAGCCGCUUCCAUAUCUGGAGAAACUUGGGAAUCCUCGUGGCCUUCUGGGCACUUUUCGUCAUCAUUACCGUCGUCUCGACCAUGCGAUGGCGCGCCGCCUCGGAAGCCGGAUCGACGCUUCUGAUCCCGCGUGAACAUGCCAAGCGUGCUCUGCCCGCUGGGCGCGAUGAGGAGGUCGGGAUCAAUGAGAAAUCCCCUGGCAACCACAUCCACGUCACUGCGAACGCCGACGAGGCUACCGAGCAGGUCCUCAUUAAGAACACGUCCAUCUUUACCUGGAAGAACUUGUCCUACACCGUGAAGACCAGUGAGGGUGACCGGCUUCUCUUGGAUAACGUCCAAGGCUGGGUCAAGCCAGGCAUGCUUGGUGCUCUCAUGGGCUCCUCCGGCGCUGGCAAGACGACGCUUCUAGAUGUUCUCGCUCAGCGCAAGACCGAAGGGACGAUUCGUGGCUCGAUCUUGGUUGAUGGCCGGCCGCUUCCGAUUUCCUUCCAGCGCUCUGCUGGUUACUGCGAGCAGCUGGACGUGCACGAGCCGCUGGCGACAGUUCGCGAGGCUCUCGAAUUCUCUGCGCUCCUCCGCCAGCGCCGCGAUGUCCCGAGGGCGGAAAAGCUCAAGUACGUCGACACAAUCAUCGACCUUCUUGAGUUGCACGACCUCGCCGACACCUUGAUUGGGAAACCUGGCGCGGGUUUGACGAUUGAGCAGCGCAAGCGUGUGACGAUUGGCGUGGAACUUGUUGCGAAGCCCAGCAUUCUCAUCUUCCUCGACGAGCCUACCUCGGGUCUCGAUGGCCAGUCCGCUUACAACACGGUACGAUUCCUUCGCAAACUUGCGGAUGUUGGUCAGGCCGUCCUCGUCACGAUUCACCAGCCGUCGGCCCAAGUAUUUUCCGCCUUCGACACUCUUCUGCUGCUGGCUUCUGGUGGCAAGACGGUCUACUUUGGCGACAUUGGUGAAGGUGGCCGGACGGUUAAGGGUUACUUUGACCGCUACGGUGCGCCUUGCCCUGAGGAAACCAACUUGGCUGAGCAUAUGAUCGACGUCGUGUCCGGCAAUCUGUCGCAGGGCAAGGACUGGAGCCAGGUGUGGCUUGCAUCGCCGGAACAUGCGGCUGUGACCCGGGAGCUCGACCACCUCAUCGCGACUGCAGCGGCCAGCCCGCCCAAGACAACUGAUGACGGACACGAGUUUGCGACGACGCUCUGGGAACAGCUGAAGCUAGUGACCAAGCGGACUAGCAUCUCACUGUACCGUGACGUGGACUAUAUCAACAAUAAGGUGGCCCUCCACGCGGUCGCGGCGCUCUUCAAUGGCUUCUCGUUCUGGCAGAUUGGCCACUCGGUCAAUGACCUCCAGAUGCGCCUUUUCACCGUUUUCAACUUUAUCUUCGUGGCGCCCGGCAUCAUCAAUCACAUGCAACCGCUUUUCAUCCAACGACGCAACAUCUUUGAGACGCGCGAGAAGAAGUCCAAGAUGUACUCGUGGGUGGCCUUUGUCACAGGGCUCAUCGUGUCGGAACUUCCGUACCUUGUGCUCUGCGCCGUGCUCUACUUCUCCUGCUGGUACUACACCGUCGGGUUCCCGCACGAGUCCAGUCGAGCGGGUUCGACCUUCUUCGUCAUGCUCCUGUUCGAGUUGGUUUACACUGGUAUCGGCCAGUUCGAGGCGGCCUACGCACCCAGUGAACUGUUCGCUGCCCUCGUCAACCCGGUGGUCAUCGGAAUCCUGAUCUCGUUUUGCGGUGUCCUCGUUCCGUACACCCAAAUCCCGGCGUUUUGGCGCUACUGGCUGUACUGGCUCAACCCAUUCAACUACCUCAUGGGCAGCAUUUUGGUGUUUACCAUCUUCGGCACCGAAGUUACGUGCACGUCGGGCGAGUUGGCCGUGUUCAGCCCACCUGGCAAUGACACCUGUGGCCAGUACCUUGCCGAGUACAUGCACGGCAUGGGCCACGGCGCGAGACUCCUUAACCCCAAUGCUACCACCGAAUGCCAAGUUUGCCCGUACCGCAACGGGAGUGUGUACCUCAAGGCACUGAACCUAGAGGACUACUACUAUGGCUGGCGCGAUGCUGGUAUUGUGGUGAUUUUCGCGCUCAGCUCAUACGCGCUGGUGUUCUUGUUCAUGAAGUUGCGGACCAAGACAUCGAAGAAGGCGGAGUAG